UCCACUUUCCUGCAGAGUUUAGCUCUAACCCCAGUCAACCUCAUCUGAUCAUGCUAAUCAGUGUUUCCAGGAUCAUUAGGAAAUCACAGGCAGGGAAGUUUGAUCAGGGUUGUAGCUCUCUGCAGUGCAUUGGCCCUCCAGGACAAGAUUUGAAGAAUCCUGAUUUAAAGGCAGCAAAGUCAUGCUUCUUACUUGUCAUUUUAAAAUAUACAGAAACCCCUAUCAGCUAUUCUUGUCUCCACUCUGCAAUAUGGUUGGUGCAUAUUUCUAUAAGGUAAUGUUAUAAGUUAUUGAUGUUGAUUUGGCCAUGUACAGGAGAGAGCUGGAGAAACAAUUCUCUCAGCGAAUUGAAGAGGUGGAAAUCCGUUUCUGUGGUGACCAAGAGGCAAUGUCUGAGCGUUUUCAGGUGGAUUUACAUAAACUCGAGCAACAUUAUCAAAAUGAGAUUGCAGCACUUACCCAAAAGCAUGCUGCAGAUCGUGCCCACUUGGAGGAGUCGUCAGUGGCAGCCACCAAGGAAGCAGAGCAACAGUGGAAUCUGUUGAGGGAGGUGCUGGAGCUAGAGAGGGAGGAGUUUAAAAAAGAGCGCCAAAGCCUUGAACUCUCACACAUGCAAAAUAUUAAAGCUCUGACAGACAAGAACCUACAGCUUCAGGCCGAGCUGGAGGCUUUCGUCAGUGUUGCUCAAUCCAAAGAAAUUGAGCUGAGCCUUCAACUCAAUGAGCUGCACAAGCAUGUGCAGGAUAGGAUGGAGGCCAAAGACCUGCUGUUGGCACAAGCAGAGCACAAGUCCAAUGAGCUAGAAGAGAUGUUGAAGCAAGCGGUGGAUGACUUUAUCCAGGAGCGAGCAGAGCUGCAAAGGAGUUUGUCUGCUUUGGAGAGUAAACGAAGGGAAGUAAUUUUAUUGUCUGAAAAUGUGGAGCUUGAAUGCAGAAUACAAGAGGAUGGAGAGCUUCUCUGUGAGGAAUUAAAGGACAACAGAGCGGCUCUGCUUACAGAGAGAGAUGCAUUGGCAUUGAGAGUGGUGCAGUUGGAGGAAACUUUGUUGCAUUUGACAGGAGCCACUGGAGAACAUUCUACAGAACCUUUUGGCAAACCUUGCGUAGAGUCCACUGUAGAAAUUUCUGUAGAACCCAACGAAGAUGACAGUGAAGAAACUGGCAAAAAAUCCACAGUACACCGCUUUGAUGAACUCAGUCCAAAAAGUCAUGAAGUCAGUCCAAAGCAUGUCAUAUGUGGGGAGUCUUCUUUAAACAGAGCAGAUGAAGAGGAGUAUCUGCUUGAAGGUACUGACCAAGAACUUGGAAAUCCACAGCUACUCCGAAGUCAACAGGUCGGAGUUAAAAAUUUUAUAACUUUGAACUGUUGUGCUGAUGUUAAAUUAGACAUAGCUUACAUAGAAUCUAACAACAGUGGAACAGAAACCCCUGAUUGUCCCAAAGUAGAGAAUGAAAAGACUAAUGAGAAUCUCAGUAAUCUUGGAGUGGAUGGUUUUGAAGAUCCAGAACUGAGAGAAGAGCAGAAUGAUAAGAGCAACGGCACAGAGACUCAAAGAGAUGACACUCUGAAGAUGACUGAGGUUUUGAAUUGCACAGAAACAAAAGUUAAUUUCUUUGCACAAUCUAAAGCUUCGUAUAACCAGGAGAGCUUGCAACACCAUGAAUCUCCAAGCAAACAUGACACCCAGGCUGAAUACAAUGGCAAACCAGUUGAACCUGAGAUGGAAGAAAGUCAAGAGGACAGUAUUCGUAUUACAAUUAUUAAAAAUGAAAUCAUGGCUUUUGUAAAGCAGGUUUAUACCCUAAAAUUUGACACAGAGCAGGACAAAGUGGUUGAUCUGAGUGAUGUGUGCAUGCAGGAGAUCCUUGACCUUCAAGAAACAGUAAUGCAGCCCAGCAAAGCUAUAGAAUGCAAUAGUUCUCAGUUGCAGAGCCCUAAAUGGCAGGAUCUGGAGAAAGAGAAUAUCACAACUCAAGUACCAAAGCACUUUAAGCAAAUCAAAGAUGUGCAACUUGCUGAGAUAAAGAUCUGUUUUGAGGAAAGCAUCCGAGAGAAUUUGAAGCUUGUAGAGCACAACAAAAAUCUGGAGAGAAGAGUCAAGAGUCUGGAGGACAAGAUGCACAUAGUCCAGGAUCUCCACAAACAGCUGACAUCUGUGCUAGAAGAGACUGCACAAGUUCGAAUGGAGAAUUCCAAACCGAAGGUACUUAUCCAGGAACUUGAUAUUCAGGAUAAGGUGCAGCAGUGGGACUCUGACUCUUCAGAUACUUCAAACAACUCAUUCCACAACUCCCAGCUGAAGCAGAAGAUUGCUGUGGUGACAGAGCUUGAAUUCUUCUGCUUGGAGUUUGAGAAACAGAACUCAGAACUAUGCCGAGCGCUUGCUGAUCUGCAGGGCAAAUCUCUUAGGAUCUAUGAACAAAUACAAGAGCAGAGGUACCAUGUGUCCUUGUCUCCUGUGUCCUGCUUCAGUAGAUCAGUAUCCCAGCUCUUGGUCCCUUCUGCUCCGUCACUUCUGCGUGAGUGCCUGUCGUAAACCCAACCUCUUUGGAGAGAUAGAGUCCCAUCCACCAUCAUCACUCCCUCCCACACACUUGUUACUUUCUGGUGGAGAUUUACUCAAGUUUUGUGACAUACCUGUUUUGACCCAACCCUUGUCUAAACUCUUAAAAAUGUUCAGUGCACUGUGGAGCAUGUUGUAAGUUUAACAGACUAAGGGGCUGUUUACACCAAGCCUUAAUGCAAGUAUGCAGUUUUGUACCACCAAGUAGA